CAGUUUUACUCCUAGCACACAUAAGCACACCAGCCAGGAAUGCACCCAAGCCAGAGCACACGGUGCGGAUAGGAGUGGGCACUUCUCCACAUUUAAGUAGCUGGGAGAGAGUCCAUCUUGGUUGAAGGGAAAGCAAAUUGUUUAACCAGCGCUGGCAAGUUGGACCCUUUUGUCUGACACAAAAUAUUUCCAGGUAACUGCACAGUGUUCCAGGAAUGAGGGCAGCCGGCAGCCUUGCUUCCAAAGGGGAAGGAUCAGUUUGCUAAAGCAUUUCUGGAGGUGCCUUAUGGGAUGGAACUGCACAUCUGACUGCGCCCAGGAGAGCAGCUUGUCAGCAAUGGAAACCGUGGUGAUAGUUGCCAUCAGCGUGCUAGCUACUAUCUUCCUGGCGUCCUUUGUGGCGCUUGUGGUGGUUUGCAGGCAGCGCUACUGCCGGCCCAAGGAUCUCCUGAACCAUUAUGAUACCAAACCGAUCGUCGACCUUAUUGGGGCGAUGGAGACACAGUCGGAGCCCUCGGAGCUGGAGCUGGACGACGUUGUGAUAACAAACCCCCACAUCGAGGCCAUUCUAGAGAAUGAGGACUGGAUUGAAGAUGCUUCGGGCCUGGUCUCUCACUGCAUCGCCAUCCUCAAGAUUUGUCACACUUUGACAGAGAAGCUCGUUGCAAUGACAAUGGGCUCUGGGGCCAGAAUGAAAUCCCCCGCGAGCCUGAGUGACGUUAUUGUGGUCGCAAAGCGGAUCAGCCCCAGGGUGGAUGAUGUUGUGAGGUCAAUGUACCCACCUCUGGAUCCCAAGCUUCUGGAUGCACGGACAACAGCCCUGCUGCUGUCUGUCAGCCACCUCGUCCUGGUGACCAGGAACGCCUGCCACCUAACCAGUGGCAUGGACUGGAUCGACCAAUCGCUGUCUGCCGCGGAGGAGCACAUGACGGUGCUGCGCGAAGCUGCUCUGGCCACCGAACCCGAGAGAAGCAUCGCAGGGGGCGCAGAAAGCUUCCUGCAGGAGCAGUCUGCCAUCUGACGGAGGUGGCACGGCCUGCCCUGGUGAGGGCUUAUGCUCCCGUGUUCUCAGGGCAUCCAUGCCGCUGCUCGGUGCACUGAGGUGGUCAAAUAUUUGCAUGAGCCAUGCAGAGCUAUUAGUAUAUUGACACUGAACUGUUACCAGAGGUAGCUAAGGCAAUGCGCUUCUGCCGGUCCCCUGCUGCUUUGUAGUUUGGUUGAAGUGGGGCUCUGAUUAAUAAAAUCCCAUGAGAAAUCA